CCAAUAGUAAUCGCGUGAGUGGCCAAGCCUGAUUUAGUAGAAAACCAAAAACAAUAUGGCGGUCUUGACUGUUGUGAAAACCCUCCCAGUUUUCAAAACAAGUUUAUCUAUGGUCAAAUGCUUUUAUAGAAAUUCAUCUUUUACUGACAAGGUGAUUCUUGCGCGCCACUUAUGUGGAUCAACCAUCUGGGGCAGAACGUCUUGGUUUGAUUGUCAAAAAGGUUCUCAAAAUUGCACCGCGCAACGCGCGAAAGUAGAAUUUACGCCUAGACCCAACACAUUCCAAAGAACUCAAUCGACGUUUGCAGAAAAUGACUCUUUUCCUAGCUCCGGAUGUACCCUUAAGUUUUCAAAAUGGCCGUACAGUGUCGAACUGAGGCACUCAAAAGUACGAGGAAGCAGGUGCUAUUAUUCUCGACGGCAGCUGAAUACGGCAAACCUUGUGGACAGUUGCCCUUCGGGUGCACAACCGUAUCUCCGUUUGAUUCGUUUCGACAAACCAAUAGGAACGUGGCUCUUGUAUUUGCCGUGCACUUGGAGCAUAGCACUUGCAGCUCCCGCAGGCUCCUUACCAGACCUCAAAUUGCUGACCCUUUUUGGAGUAGGGUCACUUGUGAUGAGAGGGGCGGGUUGUACUAUUAAUGACAUGUGGGAUGUUGACUUUGACAAGAAGGUGACUCGAACUAUUUCUAGACCUCUGGCAGCUGGAUCUCUGACACGUUUUCAAGCAUUGGUAUUUCUCGGAGCCCAACUGAGUUUAGGACUGUCUAUUUUGCUCUCUCUCAACAACUACAGUAUUAUCCUUGGAGCUGCAUCCCUUGGACUUGUUGUGACAUAUCCUUUGAUGAAAAGAAUCACUUACUGGCCACAGGCCUUCCUUGGGAUGACAUUUAAUUGGGGUGCUCUUCUUGGCUAUGCUGCAGUUCAAGGAAGCUGUGAUUGGUCAGUUUGUUUGCCACUGUACGUUGCAGGAAUUAAUUGGACACUCAUUUAUGACACUAUCUAUGCCCAUCAGGAUAAGGACGAUGAUGUCUUAAUUGGUGUCAAGUCCACAGCAUUGCUAUUUGGAGAUCAAACAAAACCUUGGUUAACAAGAUUUAGUGUUGUCAUGCUAAGCAGCCUUGUUCUUGCUGGAAUGAACAGUGAUCAGACAUGGCCAUACUAUUUGGGACUGGGCAGUGUUGCUUCCCACCUUGCAUGGCAGAUGCAAAAGCUAAUUGAUGAAGAACAUUCGAAUGAGGUCUGAUUGGCUUAGAGUUGCUUUGUUACUAAAGGAGAUUUCACGCUCUAUAGGAUCUUUCAGCAUGGUAAGCAAGCUCUACAGCAUCGUGAACGCUUAUUUACAGAACUGAUAGACAAGUAACCCCUCCUACCCUUAAACUCCCAGAAGUUAUAACAACAUGUUACUUCUUAUAGUAACUAUACGUAAUCCAGUUGUAGUUGUUGCCUUGAUCUAACACCAUAUUCUCGGAACUCGUUUAAAAGAAAAUGCAUAGCAGCUAGAGAAGAGAAUUAACAAUCAGGGUCGAGUUGUUCAAAGGUGGGUUAGGAUAACCCAGGGUCAGUGUCAAAUUAGAUUUCAGAUCUGAAAGCUUUAAAAGAAAAUUCAGCUUAUUUCCACUUGUUUACAAUUUGAUGAUUGAAUGAGCUAACUAAAAAGAACUGAGAAAAUUAUCCCAAAACAGCUUUUGAACAAAGAAAUAUAGAAACCUGGAUUAAAAUUUAACCUUGGGUAAGCGCUAAUUGGCCUUCGAACAACUGGGCCCAGAUUCUUGGGAGUUUUAAAGGGUUACAGAAUCAGCCAAAGGAACCACUUCUAUCAUACCACAUUACAGACUGAAG